GAAUGGCGGGAUUUGAAGGCGGGGAACAGAGCAAAGAGGAAGCGGAGAUGCCAUUUGCUGCCAUUAGAGACCAAUGGGAAGUUCAAUUUUCUCGCUUCGUUUGCUAUCCAACCACCACAUCUACAUCCAACGACACCGACACCGACACCAACCUCCGUCCUCUCCUUCUUAAUGCCCGAAGCCGCCGCCCUCCUCGAGGCACAUGGAUCUCUUCCUCUUCCACGGCUGUCCUGCAGCUCCUUCACCAUUGCUCCGCAUCUGAUUUUAUUCUUGCCGUACGCUUUCGAGAUAAAAUCCUCGAAGAGCACUACCUCUCGAAGCUGCAUUUCUCUUGGCCUCAGAUGUGCUGUAUCUCUGGUUUUCCAGCCAGAGGCACCAGAACUAUGUUCGGAAGUUAUAGAGAUUCAGCUGACGAGAUCCAAAAAUUUGCCCUAAGAUUUUCAACAUCUUGCGAAAUUGAUUCAUUUGUGAGCAUUCUCAAGGAGAUGUCGAAGGAUGCAAGAGAUAUACAACCAAUAAGUUGCGACUUUGGAUCUCAGAUUUCGUCUGAGUUAUUAUGUUCAAAUACAAAUAGGCCGUCUGACAGCCUCUCUGAAGAAUUGAGCAAUUCUACCGUGCUCCAGCCUUACACCCCUGAAAUGCCUUUGAGCUUAAAAGAUACAGCAGAGAAAUACUCAUCUUCUCAGGAAAAUGUACAUGUUGACCACUUAGAAAGCAUAUUUGCAGCGUUGCCACCCAGUUUCACGUCUAUGGUAUCGAACUGUUCAGAUGUCAAACAAGGUUCAACUGCGACGCCACCGUCUGCCACAAAGGAUAAUGAUCUAAAGUCUCAAAUCAUGAAAUGUAUGGAAGAUUCUUCCUUUCAAGAUAUGUUGAACAGAGUUGAGAAAAUUGUCGGCGAAAUUGGAGGUGAUUUGGCGCUGUAAUUCUCAGGGUAAUGUCCAGAAUACUUUCUUAAGAUGUCUUUCCAUUAGCCCCCAGCGGUGGCCAUAUUAUUUUCGCAUACACAUUAUUCUAGUUUGCACUUAUAUACGGAAUAUUCAAGUUAAUUUGACAUCUCAUAGGCCUCUUAUUAUUAGAAUCCAGUUUCAAUUGUGAAC